UCAAGCCACUCUGUCACCACUGGAGCCAAAGCCUGGACUGGAGGUGUGAGCCAGCACCUACCAGACUCAGGGAAGGAACUUACUCUACAAGCAGGUCUCUGGAGCACCUGAAGACAGGAGCUUGGCCACAAGGACACAGCCAUGAACACAGCAAAAUCCACCGCUGAUGAGCCCCUUCUCAGAGGCAAAAAAAGGCAAGAUCUCCAAGAGAUGCUGAGAGAAGUAGGACUGGCAGUUGAGUACUGGGUGCCCAAGUUGCAGGAACAUCUGGGUGUGACCUGUGUCCAGGCCUUACAACACCUAAAAGACAAAGACCUCCAGCAGGUGAAAUCCCAGGCACAGUAUCCCUGGGAGAAAAGGGCCCUGGAGAAGCUGUUACAGGAGUCUCAGGAGGAAAGGAUAAAAAAAACGCAAGACAAGGCAGAAGAGAUGGUACAGAAGCUAAAACCCUUGAUGCCAGGAGGCAGGCAACAACAAGAAGAGGCAGUGAGGAAAAGAGAGGCAGAGCUGAGGCAGGCGAUGGAGAUCCCCAAAGAAUACCAGCCACCUCCUCAAAAGCCCCUAAGAGAAAUCAUAGGAAAUGUGCAGAGACAACUCAACCUCACGGAGGGGACACUGUCUCACAGGCAAAACCUCCCAGAUAGAGAUCUGGUGAGAUGGGCAUCUGGAGGGCUGGCGCUGCAAGGAAUUUACAAAACCAGCGACCAAAGGGACCUAAUAGAGAAGAGGCAGGAGCUACUUUGUGUCCCUAAGGACUUCUUACUCUAUGGCCCUGCGCAGGGCACACGAAUGGAAACAAAGGAUUUUACAUCUUCUCAAGCAGAAGCUAUGUUCACCCAGGCAAUGGAGAAGCUGGGCUUCAGCGUAACUGCUUCAGCCAAGGGUGGAGGUUGGGGAUUUAGCUUGGAAACUGGUACGGGUCACAGCAAACAUUCAGAAUCCAAGGAAACCCAUCAAUCACAUUCUGAACAGUCUUAUUUCUGCUCUACCAAGUUCAGCUAUGUCCCACUCGCCUCCUGUCACUUUCCCUUUGAUCAGCUCCAGCUCUCCAAGGCUGCUCUCCAGGAAUUGAAAUGCUUUGAAGACCUUCUGGCUCAGCCUGCAGGCCUAGAUGAACUCCCCUUGCUAAGGCACAAGACUGAAGCUUUCUUCCAGAGGUUUGGCUCUCAUGCAAAUCAAGGCCCUUUGCACCUGGGAGGAAUCUACUGGUGGAAAGCCAUUUCAGAGGGUUUCCAAAGUGAGCAGCUGGCAGAGGUGAAACAGCAGUCAGCAAAGUCCCUGAAUAUUUACAUAAGUGGCUGUGGAGUGAAAGUAGCUGCAGGUGUGGAUGUGUCAGACUCUCAUUCAAAUGCAUCCUCCCAAAGGACAACCUCCCAGAAUCUCCAAACCACAGUCCAACUAUCUGUGGCCCACACCGGGGGCCCACCAGAAGCAAAUGGAUUUCUCCAGUGGAAAGAUGGCUUAGUUGCCAGUAAUCAAACCUGGUGUGUCAUUGACCGGGGACUUCAGCUGGUGCCCAUUUGGGACAUCAUUGUCUCCAACCACAGAAGUGAUUUUAAAGAUGCUCUUCAGGUAGCUAACUUGCUGAAAGAUAGCUACACUGCUCUGACUAGUCGCACUGCCCAGAUCCAAUAUGCAGAAGAAUUGUUGAGUGUUGAAAAGGAGACUAGGGUUUUCCUAGAGGAUGUGAAAUCCUGGGAGGUAUCUGAUUCAGAAGAGCAGCUUAAAAAGCUGAUACAUUUCAUGCAAAUGUUGAGCCAAAAAAUUAAAGGCUAUGACACUUGGGUUCACAUAUGCCUCACAGAUUGGGGUCUGCAGAAUUUUCUGAUAAACACUGUUAACUUUUGCAAGAAGUCUUCCUUUUAUAAAACCAAAUUUAUUAAAUCUCAGUUGCGCAGCCUUUUGGAUCCUCACAUCUACAGAGUAACAAACUUUCCUCAGGCUCAUUCCAUCAUGCAGUGGAUCUUCCUGUCAGAGUCACAACGAGAGCACAUCAACAUCUCUGAGUUUUCUGAAUUAAUAAAAAUCUUAAAGGAAGCCCAGAAUGACCUCAGGGAAGUGAAGGCCAAAUCUAAAUCUGCAGAAACAGUAGAUGAAGCUCAAAGAAAGGCCACUUAUGAGGUGAGCUUGUCUCUUGCCUGCUUCUUGAAUUUCCUCCAAGAAACAGAGCAGCCAGACACACAGCUCUUGCUACUUAACAUUGCAACUGCUGCAGGAUAUGAUGUGGUAAACAAUGCCUUUCAGUGUCUCCUGGGGUGUGAGGAGAUAGACUUCCUACUGAAUGAAAUGCAAACUGCCCAAGAUAAAUACCAGGAGCUCAAAACUAUUUGCACCUACAGGGCUCAGGCAUUCCUGGUACUCACAGGUCUCACAGCUACUGUUGGAGUCACAGCUGUGUCUCCAGAGGAGAAAACACAGCGCUUGGCAUUAAUAAGACACCACAUGGGCCAAACUUUGUCUAAAGAAGUUCUACAUGUCCUCACCAAACUUGGGGCUGAUCAUGGUUGGAAAAACCUAGAGAAAGACUUGCAAUUGCUCAUUGAUGGUAAUUAUGAAGCCACCAUCUCUUCACUGCAAAUGGAGGAGGUGAGAAAAAAUUUACAAAGUAUCUUCCAUGAUAAGAAACAGCCCCAUGAACCACAUGAUAAUGAAAAUACCAAAUGGGAAGUCAUAGAAGAUGGAGCCUUCCAAGAACUACUCCAGCGUUUAGGCCUAGAACAUUACUACCCAAAAAGAAUGAGCAGAGCUAACUUCCACCUGAUCUACAAGCGUUCUGUGUAUAAGUACAACUGCAAGCCAAGUUCUGAACGGGAGCUUCCCUUCUAUUUCCUUCAGAAGCUACUGAUGCUGGAUUAUGGGCUGAGAUACCUCGUCUUCAGAGACGACGGAAACACACAGAAUCAAGUCUAUCCAAGUGCUUUGAAUCAGAAAAAUGAGGUGCUUGAUCCAUAUGAAGACUUGUUUGAAGACCCUGAUGCUCCCACUAAUCCUUCAGCCACUAAUCCUAGGCCCCAUAUUCAUCCGAUGGAUAUUCAGAUGGCGAUUCUUCACUGUGCAGACGAUUUUGCCAGACAAUAUAUUUUGGCCAAACUUGCCAUUUGUCAGUUUGCCCUCCCCUUGCUCAUACCUAAUCCCUGCAGUUCUGAAAUUGAAUUCUGUCUCUGGUCUCUCCGUCAAAUUAGAAGAAGCUGGCAGGAAGCAAGGAAAUCACCAAAAGAGGAGAAGAAGAAUUAUAAGAAUAAGCAGAUGUGUCGUGUCUCAACCCCCAUCGUGUCCUUUAUUAGAGUUGGAAAUGGCUUCUCUGCUUCCAAAUCCCAGAUCAUGAACUGUCUCCUCAGUAAACAUAAACAUGAUAUCUUUUUUCACCGACAUUGCAGAGGGAACAGCAAAGACUGUCUCCUGAUGGGGGGUGUGGUGGAAGUCAGCUGGUUCUGUCCCAGGGGGGAAGAUGAGGACAGAUUUGACACCUGCUUGACCUUCACCAAUCUUCAUGGAGAUGCCAAAGAACAUGAGAAGCAACUCACCUUCUUGCAGGAGGUCUCUUCUCUCAUUGUUGUCCUCAUGUCAACUUCAGAUGACAACAAAGAAAACCGAAAAAUUGUUCGUGACCUGAAUCAGUCACCAAGACCUCUGAUCUGCUUGCUUGAAAACAAAAAAAAAACCAUGGCCAAUAACUCUAACCAGAAAGUGAUCAUUGGGAUCAGGAACAAAAAUGAGGCAGAAUUAACAGAGGAGCUCGCUGCUACAAUCAGACGUUUGCUAGAGCUCUCAGACACUGCUCUGAGCAUAGAGGACUGUUCCCAGAUUGCUCACAAGCAAGGAUUCUUUAUUGAUGAAGACAAGAGAGAGUGCAAGGAAGCCAAAGAAAAGGCAGAGAUCCUAAUAGCCCUACUGAAAGAAAUGAGGAUAUCCCAGGUGAAGGAAAACUUACUACCCCUUCAGGGACAACUGUGGCAUCUUUGGUGUAAAAAGGACAAAGAACUCUAUCACCUGAGAGAAAAGGGGAAUCGGAGCAUUGAACAACACAAGUGUGAGAUUGAGACAGAAAAACAGAGACUACGUCGCCAACAGUUGAUCAGAGCCUUUCCUCUCAAUGAUUUAAUGAAUCCUGUACUUCAAAUUCUCCAAACGCAUUCAGAAAGUCACACCACACUCUACUUUUUGCAAUGGCUGAGUAUGUUUUUAGACAACCUGACUGCAGGACACUUGGAAAAACUGAAUGAAGAGAAAAAACUUGUGUGGUCACUGAUACAAACAGAAAAGCAAAAGGCACCAAAUAGCAACAACCUGAAAGUUUGGCAAAAUAAGAUAGAAACUAUCUCCAUAAAGAUUAGUGACUGUACCUUGGGAAUUGAGCAACUGCUCAGAGAAGUUGGCCAGAUCUAUGAAGCUCUAGAAGAAACUUCUUCCACAAAAGACACCCUUUUUCUCUCCCUUCCCCAGAUUGCUGCAGAUCUCAUGAUAUCUGGUGUGCCCAUUGAGCUGAUGGAUGGGGAUGCUUCAUAUGUGCCUCUAAAGUGGGUGACAGCUCUUUUUGACAAGCUCUCUGAGAAACUUGGAAACAAACGGCUGUUUGUUCUUUCCAUCCUUGGCCUGCAGGGCUCAGGGAAGUCCACCCUGCUGAAUGCACUUUUUGGGCUGCAGCUCACAGUCAGUGCUGGAGGGUGUACGCGGGGGGCCUACAUGCAGCUCCUGAAGGUGGAGGAGGCAUUCUCCGAGGAACUUGGCUUUGACUUUGUGCUUGUUGUGGACACAGAAGGACUUCGGGCCCCUGAAAUGAGCAACAAAUCCAACAAUCAUGACAAUAAGUUGGCAACCUUUGUCACUGGACUUGGAAACUUGACACUGAUCAAUAUUUUUGGAGAAAAUCCAUCAGAAAUGCAAGAUAUUCUUCAAAUUAUUUUCCAAGCCUUUUUGAGGAUGAAACAAGUAAAAAUCUCCCCAAGUUGCCUCUUUGUCCAUCAGAAUGUGGGGGAAGUUACAGCUAAAGACCAAACUAUGGAAGGUCGAAGGCGCUUAGAGCAGAGACUAGAUGAAAUGGCAGCAACAGCAGCUGAGCAAGAACAGUGCUCAGGUGUAACUCACUUUAGUGAUGUCAUUAAGUUUGAUGUCAAUACUCAUGUCUACUACUUCGCUCACCUCUGGGAUGGCAAUCCCCCAAUGGCCCCUCCCAAUCCUCGCUACAGCCACAACGUCCAGGAACUGAAAAAUAGAAUUCUUAUGACUGCCAAACAGGAAUCCAGGGGGAGCAUCAUGAAGAUAUCGGAUGUAAAAUCAAGAGUUCAAGAUUUAUGGAGAGCCCUGGUGAAUGAGAACUUUAUUUUCAGUUUCUGGAACACCGGAAAGGUCAUGCCCAUGAGCAAAUUGGAAACCACGUAUAACAGCUGGGCCUGGGAGCUGAGGAGUCAUGUGCUAGGCUUGCAGAACCAGCUGAUCAACCAGGUUCAGAAUGGAAAAAUCCAGACCCUCAGAGCAAGCACAAUUGAGGCUCCAGUAGCAGAAAAAUAUGAAGCCAUCAAGCAAGAACUUGAAAAAUAUUUUAAUGAAGAUCUAGAGAGAGAAAUACUGAUUCAGUGGAAAGCAAAUUUUGAAAAUAAGCUACUGAUCCUUAAAGAGGCUCUUAUUUUAGACAGCCAAAGAAAAGUUGAAGGACUUAUUAAUUAUAAAAAGGGUCAGGAAAGGCUGGAUAAUGAAAAGGCACGUUAUGAAAAGGAAUUAUUAGAAAAAAGCAGAAAAUUGGCUUCAGAGGUAAAGGACAAGGAAUUUAGUGAGGAAGAGUUAUUUAAAAAAUUCAAUCAACUUUGGGAAAAAUGGGUCUAUGCUGUAUCCACAACUCUCCCUCCAGUCACAGAUCCUGACAUUGAUGUGGAUUCUGAAAGCAUCCUUUUGGAGUAUUUUAAAAAGGAGAAAGGCAUGGUGAACAUACUGAAGAAAAAUUCUGGAAAGAAAUUUGAAGUCAAUUAUGAUGAACAUGUCACCAUGAGCAAGAAAUUACUCUUCUUUACAAAGCAAUUAGAGGUAUAUGACAAAGAGUCCAUAAUGAGAACAACUGAGCACAUUAUUUCAAGAUUUACUGAAACUAUGAAAAAUCUUCAGAGGCAACAACAUGAUUACAAUCCAAGUUAUUUCCAUGAAAUCCUGAGAAUAAUAGAAGAGGGGAUGAAAUCUGCUUCCUCUGAGGAAAGAUACACAUUUACAAAUAAAUAUAAAAUUGACUUAUCUUUGUGUUUAUUCCAAAGAGCAGCAGAGCAUUUUAAGGAGAUGCACAGGGUAUUCAAAAGAGCAAAUGAUCCUGUAAACUAUCUGGAAAGCAAGAAAGAUGAUUUCUUCAUGAGUUUUAAGAUCUCUUGUCAAGGAGCAACCUCAAUCAAAACAUUUGUUGAUUUUCUGUGGCACAAACUCAUUCCUGCUGUCUCCACUGCCAUAUGGGAAAAAAUGGUCCCUCUAAUUGCUGGAGAAAUGCGAUCUACAUUCCCUGCAUUCAAUGGAAACAGAACUAACUUGGAGAAACACAUUCUUAUCUCUCUGGCAGAAAAAGAAUAUUUCAAUGAUUACUGGGAGUACCUUCAUAAUUCAGAAUCAUUUUUUAAGAAUUAUAUUCAAAACCAUAUUAAAAGAUAUUGUUCAGACAAAAGAAGUGAAACAAUGAAAACUUUUUUAGAAAUAUGUUUAGGUGACAUCAAGAAUGUUAUCCUCUCAGCUAUUCAUGAAUCCACAGCAAUAGCUAAAGAUAAAAGCAGCACUGUGUCUGAGUGGCUGGAUUUGUUCUGUGAUCACCUGGGAAGUAACUUGAUCUUUCCACGAAAUGACUUGAUAAGCAUUGAACACCAGGAGAUAAGAGAUAUUGAGUUCCUCAAAGAAACCAUGACUGAAGCUUUGGAUCCCGCAAUGAAGACAGUAGAAAACAAGUGUUUGAAUACGCCUGUUGAAGAUAUUGUUCCUGAAAUCGAGAAAAUGCUCUCUGUACAUCUCUGUGGCUGCUGGAAACAGUGUCCCUUCUGAAGAGCAAUUUGUACGAACACAAUCGCCACACAUGACGGAGACCACAGUGUUCCCUUCCACCGUCCUCUGGCUGUCAAUGGACGGCGAUGGAUUGGAACACAAGAGUUUAUGAUUGAUUCCUGUACUAGUUUAGUAACAAGUGAUUGUUAUUUUAUUUUGAGUGAGGACCACAAAAUCGCAUAUAAGAACUAUCGACAGGCAGGAGGGGACUAUGCCACGUGGAGCAUCACCCCAGACUCAUCCACCCAGCCCUACUGGAAAUGGUUUGUCUGUCACUUCAGAUCAAACCUAGAAGAAAAAUAUGAGCAAAAAUUUAUAGGUAGAGGUAAAAUUCCUGAUCAAUGGUUCAAAAUCACAAAGCAGGAUGUGCUUGAUGACUUGAAAAAACAAUAAUACUCAAUGACCCCAAGAGUACAAGAAUGUGAACAAAAGAAUUACAAUACCUGAACAAAACUAAGAUACUUCCUUCUCAUGAGAACCUUCAUCAUUUCCAUUUUUCAAAUGAAACAUCUAGAAAUAAAUCAAUUAGCAUUGCAAGAGUUGAAGAUUUUCCUAUGUCUCAAUUCAUUCUGGUUUAAAAACAAGUUACUAAAAUAUAUGAGCAUAUGAUAAAAAUAAAAUAAAAUCCAUUUAAAAUACCAAAUCCAUAUUUUAAACUACUAUUCAGAAUGUUCUUUUAUUUUAAAAGAUAUAAAAUUAUAUAAAGUCUCCAGAAUUACAUUUUCAUAUAGGAAUCAAAAUCAUUGAAGCCUGCUAUAGAAAUCUAUAGACUAAGUAGAUGAUUGUUCAAACCAAUAUACAGUUCUUGGCUGGAAGCUACAAGUGGCCUAAGUGGUUUGUUUUUACCCUCUGAAAUUGUGAGGAAAAUUUACUAACCCUUGAACGAAAAAAUAUAUAUAAAAGUCCAUGAUUCCCAAGCAUCAUGGUAUAUAGACAGACUCUGUUUUGGGAAACAAUACAAGACACUUGACCAGGAUAGAACCUACAUCAAUUCAGGAAACAUUAUCAAGCAAAUAUGGUAAAUAGAAAUCAAAUACUUGUUUUUUCUCAUCUAACCAUUCCUUCUUCUUUCCUGGUAUCUUGGCAGUUCCCUGUGCUGCUUUUAAAAAACAUAUGGUUCAUAAGGGUUUAGACAUUAAAAGCCUGGUGCUUUGUACUAAUCAAAGAAGGACUAGCUUUUACAACAAGAUGAAGGAGCCAUUUUAAUAAUGGUUGUGGACAAGGUCUGAUUUAAUUAUGCUAUUAAUGAUUUUAUAAACUAUUCCUUCAAGAAUAAAAUGUCAAAGAGUAUAUAUGUAGCUUUUAGGUUCUGAUAUUUCAAUAAGAAAUUCUUUUAUGUAUUAUAAUGGAAGGAAAUGCUUAUCUCUAAAACAGUCACCCUUGUGACUUUUUAUGCUAUUUGAGCCAUAAGGUCAUGACCAGAAUAAAAAUUUAAAAUGCUCUGAAGCCAACCAAAAACCUGA